GCUCGCCGGAAGUGAGGUGUUGACGGUGGCAGUGGGAGUGCGGCGGGCAGGUGAGGGGGCAGUUUCUCUGGGCCCUGUGUUUGGGUCGGCUCCUUGGUCAGCUGCCGCCGGGCUACUGCCGAGCGCGGCCUCCGCCUUUGUUUCUCUUCAGCAGUAGCCCCGCGGUGUGGCUUUGGGCCUUCCCGGAGCCCUGCCGUAGCGGUGGGCCGGGGCGUGAGGCGCCUGCCCUGAGGGCCGCGUAUCCCUGCCGGCCGUUGUCUGCCGCUCCCCGUCCCGGGCCGCGCGGUUUCCCCUCCCGCGGGAUGGGGGCUUAGCAGACCAGGCCUCUCCUUUCUUCCUGUGCCACUUCGCUGGCAGGUAUUUUCAUCUGCAAAGAUGGGUGAGCCUCAGCAAGUGAGUGCCCUUCCUCCACCUCCAAUGCAGUAUAUAAAAGAAUAUACUGAUGAAAACAUACGUAAAGGUCUGGCACCAAAGCCACCUCCCCCUGUGAAAGACAGUUACAUGAUGUUUGGGAAUCAGUUCCAGUGUGACGAUUUAAUUAUCCGGCCCUUGGAAAGCCAGGGUAUUGAACGGCUACAUCCUAUGCAGUUUGAUCACAAAAAGGAAUUAAGAAAACUCAACAUGUCUAUCUUGGUCAACUUUUUGGACCUCUUGGAUAUCUUGAUAAGGAGUCCAGGGAGCAUAAAGCGAGAAGAGAAACUGGAGGACCUGAAACUGCUUUUUGUUCAUGUCCAUCAUCUUAUAAAUGAGUACCGUCCCCACCAAGCGAGGGAGACCCUGCGAGUCAUGAUGGAAGUGCAGAAACGUCAGCGCCUGGAAACUGCAGAGCGAUUUCAGAAGCAUUUAGAGCGAGUUGUGGAGAUGAUUCAGAACUGCCUGGCAUCCUUGCCUGAUGAUCUUCCUCAUUCAGAGGGAGGACUGGGAGUGAAAACAGAACCAAUGGACACUGAUGAUGGCAGCAACUGCAUUGGACAGAGUGAAAAACAGAGAGAUCGUUCUGGCUGCAAGAGAGAUCAGGUUUUAGACAAAGAUGCAGCUAUGUGUAGCAUUAUUGAUGAAAUGACGUGAAUGAAGCAUUUCUUCUGUUAGCUUACAAUAGAGAGAGGCCAGAUGGAUUCUGAGGGUAUUUGUUAUUCUGUUGUGCCAGCAGUUGAAACAUUCACACCUACUGGGGUGUGGGUGUGAGCUGUUAAGUAGGUGAGGAUAUUUAAUAUUUUGUGUGAGCUGUGUGUGUACUGGUAAAAACAAAAACGUAUGCUUUGUGCAGUGUGGAUGCUGAUAAAGUUAGCUUUUUCUGUAUAAUGUUGUUUUGUCACUUGCAGCUUUCUGGGACAUGCUUCGUUUUGUAAAUGCCUUAUGCUGUGGAAGCAGGGGAUCUGACAGACUGAAAUUGAAGCUGACGAAUCCUGCAUUUCAAAUAAAUGUUAGUUGUUUACACUUUAAA